AGCUCCGUGGACUCGCUGAAGUUUGCAGACAAGACUGAAGAUGCUGCUGCUCGCUGCGCUGAUCUGCUUCAGUUUGGGAGUCCUGGGACAAGUGGACCAGAACCGGUUUGGAGAGGAGAGUUUUCCAGACCUGGACAUGGCUACGCGCAGAAUCAUCAGGCAGCUCAAGACCAUCCCGACCAAGGAGACCAAACCGCACAUCCAGGAACUGUCCAUCAGAACCACCAUCAUCUCCCGUUACGCCUUCACCGCCGUCUACUGCGCCAUGCUGAACCGCCACUCUGCCGCCGCUCAGGGGGUCUUCCAGUUUCCCGUCCCCGUGGACGCCUACGUCUCCAACUUCACCAUGAUCGUCGGAGGACGUGUCUACCAGAGUGAGGUCAGGCCGAAGGAGAAGAUCAAGAAGGAAAACGACAAGCAGAAGAACAAAGAGUCGAGUGAUGAAAGCCCUGAGUCGGAGGUGGAGGUGUUCAGGAUGGCGGUCAGUAUUCCUGGGCGCAACCGGGCCCUGUUCCUUCUGACCUACGAGGAGCUUCUGCAGCGCCGGCUCGGGCGCUACCAACACGUGACCAGCCUGAGGCCACUGCAUCUCGUCAGCCGGCUGAGCCUGGACGUCACCAUCAUCGACCACGCCCUCAUCACGCACCUCGAGGUGCUACCACUCCGCAACGGCAGGACCAACAGCGCCACCAACAGUCCAUCUGGGUCUAACGCACCCAAGGCUGCAGCAGCCAAACCUGAGCCGCCCGUAGGCACUGUGAUUCAACAGGAAGACAACAUCUGCAAGAUCACUUUCAGCCCCAACAUCGUCCAGCAGGCCAGGAUCGCCACCAACGGCAUCCUGGGAGACUUUGUGGUCCGCUAUGACGUCUACAGGGACAUGGGGAUAGGGGACAUCCAGGUUCUAAAUGGACACUUUGUGCACUACUUUGCUCCCAAAGACCUUCCUGUGGUCCCGAAGAAUGUGGUGUUCGUCAUUGACACUAGCGCCUCCAUGCUGGGGACCAAAAUCCGACAGACUAAAGAGGCUCUGUUCACCAUUCUGAAAGACCUGCGUGCUGGUGAUCGCUUCAACUUCGUCAGCUUCUCCAACAGGAUCAAAGUUUGGCAACCAAAUCGUCUGGUACCGGUUACACCACUCAAUGUUCGAGACGCCAAGAAGUUCAUUUUCAUGCUGGUGCCCACUGGAGGAACGAAUAUCGACGGGGCCAUCCAGACCGGCUCCUCGCUGCUCCGUGAAUACUUGUCUGGUCCAGAUACCAGCCAGAACCAGAACAGCGUGUCCCUCAUCAUCUUUCUAACGGACGGACGGCCAACAGUGGGAGAGGUCCACUCCACUGCCAUCCUGGGCAACACUCGCUUAGCUGUGCAAGAGAAGUUCUGCAUCUUCACCAUUGGGAUUGGGAAUGAUGUGGAUUACAGGCUGCUGGACCGCAUGGCUCUGGAAAACUGUGGGAUGAUGAGACGCAUCAAUGAGGAAGAAGAUGCCAGCGCCAUGCUCAAAGGGUUCUAUGAUGAAAUCGGAACCCCUCUGCUGUCCAACAUCAGGAUCAACUACACCGAGGACUCUGUGGAGUAUGUCACGCAGCAUCUCUUCACCAACUACUUCAAUGGUUCCGAGAUCGUCAUCGCCGGGAAGCUGACCAACCAGAGUGCCGACUCGCUCCACGUCCUGGUUACAGCCACCAACAAUGACAAGAGCGUCAUCCUGGAGACCGACGUGCCGCUGCGGCACAGACAAUCGGAGACACAGAAGCACGUCAAGGAGGCGGCUGCAGCGAUAGCAGCCAGUGCCAAGGCACUGGGGUCAGAGGUUAGGCAGAGUUUAGGGAUCACUCUAAACUCAAUAGCACAAGACUUUGUGGAGCGCGUCUGGGGAUUUCUGAGCAUCAAGGAAGGGCUACGGUCACGCCUACGCAGCCAAACCAGGAAGGAGAGGGAAGACCACACCCAGCAGGCUACCAAUCUGUCUCUGUCCUACCACUUCCUCACCCCCCUCACCAGCCUGGUAGUGGAGAAGCCAGAAGUUCUGGAUGAGGGCACCAUGGCUCAGGAACCCGCCCUUCAACCAUCCACUGAUGACACCGCCCCGUCAGCCAAUGAGGUACCAGAAGACCUGGUAGAAGGAACGCCUCAGGAACUUGCCGAGAAGAAGCCAAGUUCAGCCCCAAGCAACACAAAGGGUAAAGUUGAGAGGAGACCAGUCAAGAAAUCCAUCACCAUCUCCAAAACAUCAGUGGACGGAGAUCCUCAUUUUGUCGUUGAGGUCCCCCUCAGUAAACUGACCGUGUGUUUCAACAUCAACGGCGAGCCCGGGCACAUCCUCCGCCUGGUAUCUGACCACGAGUACUCAGGGGUGACUGUAAAUGGGAAGCUAAUCGGAGCUCCGCCCCCAGUGGGCAGUCACAAGCAACAGCGGACCUACUUCAGCACCAUCACAAUCGUGGUCGAUCGUCCCAAACGAGCUUACAUCGAGGUGGCCCCAAAGAGAGUCGUCCUGGACGGGCAGGAUCGCAUGGUUCUACCUUGUCACUCCACGGUUGCCGUGGAAAGCGGCGCGCUGUCGGUGGCCAUUGUGGGGAAAUCCAACGUGACCGUGAGCAUCAACGGGAACAUUACCUUUGUCAUUCUGCUGCACCAGUACAAGAAUCCAGCUCCCUAUCAGAGAGACCAUUUAGGAUUCUACAUCGCCAACAGCAAGGGGCUGUCGCCCAACUGCCACGGGCUGCUGGGUCAGUUCCUCUAUGAGGUGGUCGGACGGGCAGAACAUACAGAACCAGGAGAUGUCAAACUGUCGGCGUUUCUGAAGGUUAAAGACCGUUCGGUGCCCGUGACGCUGAAAAACAGGCGGAUUUAUGGCGGAACAAAGAAUGUGGACUGCUGGUUCGCCAGGAACAAUGCAGCCAAACUGAUAGACGGACAGUACGAGGACUAUCUGAUGCCACAUAUGUUUGACACAGGGGCAUGGCCACACAGUACAAACCAGGCGUGAAACAUGACCUCCAUGUUUAAAAAAAUAAAACAAAGGUCAUGUCAACACAUCUAAAACAUUUCAGUUACUUCAACAAAGUUUAAAUAUAUUUUUGUACCAUUUGUUGGCCUUUUUCCUCUGUUGUACCUUUAAAAACUUUACACAAUGCAGGUGGUCAGUAUGGACAAGUCGUCCUCCAGGACCCACUGGACCAGGGGCCUCAUGUACAAAGCGUGCUUACACACAAAAACCUGGAGUCCGUCCGUCUCCAUGUGCAAAUGUAUCAAAACUAAUGUGAGCGUGGAAAUGUGCGGUGCCUCACGCAAAAAUCCUGGCUGUCGAACGCACAUUUCUACAGCUAUUGCUCCAACGCCAACUCGUAGAGGUGAUGCUGGGAACAGCUAAUAGUGUGACAACAUGAAGUCAUCAGAGUGACAUGCACAUCAGAGACACACUGAUGAACAAUUAACACACCCACGUGUUUGCAGUUAUGUGGGUGGAUAUAAAAACAUGCGCAGCGUGAUGUGGAAAAUGGCGCUAACAGUGACCGCGUUAGCAUCAGAGAACCUUCUAAAUGGUGCAAUCCAACGUGAGCGUGUAUUCAGGGAACGCGACGCUUUACUUACAAAUGACAAAAAUUGGCUCACAAGCUGAUUAACUUUACCAAGGCCACUGUUACUGGAGUUGUGCGCAGAACUGCUGCUGGCCCAGAGCACAAUACAGCAAGGAGCCAGGGGUUGUCUGUGCCCACACAGGUGCUGCCCAUGCUGGGUUUCCUGGCAACAAGGGCAUUCCAGUGGGAGCUGGCCAAUCAGUCAGGAGUGUGCCAGUCAACAUUGAGCUGAGUCAUGCCAGCUAUGUGGAACACAAUCAUCCGACUGUCAUCCAGGUACAUCACAUUCCAACAUUAAAGCACAAUUUGCAGUGAGAGACGGUUUCCCUCAUGUGAUCAGAGCUAUUGAUUGCAAACAUAUUGAUAUAAAAGCACCAUCACAUGAUGAAUUUUUUUAAUAGGAAACAUUUUCAUUCCAUCAAUGUUCAAAUCAUAUGUGAUGCACAAAUGCGCAUCAGGCUGGAGGCUGCACAGUGUGCAAUAGUGGGGGGGGGGGGGGCGCGCUUGGUGGUUAAGUAAUUUAUUCGCGUAAUUGUUCCGAAUAAAAACCAGCACAAAACACAUUUGGGCAUGUGCCUGUUAAAAUGUUUUUUAUUAUUAAUUAUUAAUGUGUUCUUUUUCAUGAUGGUGGAACUUGAGAUGAGCUUCUUAACGAGGCCCCGACUGUGUUCAGUAUUUGUCAAUAAAAGUGUGUGUAAUGUUAAUGUCACACACUCUCAGCCACAGUGCACCGAAUAUCUUUACUUCAGUGUGUGUGCAGCUUAGUUCAGCAUUUACACACACAAACGUACUUAUUUAGUUUCUGUUUUACAUGACAGCGAGCUGAGAAAACAACGAUUUAACCACAGCUUUGUUUUUGCACGUUGUCUCUGAAAGUUUAAUUUUUACACAAAACAACACAGAGACGAUGGCGGGUGUCAAACACACAACACUCCACACUUACGGUGAAUACAUUUGCAUAUUCAGAUAGAGGAGUUUGGUGCAUAUGCGCUAAAUUCCAUGUUCAGUGGGAAGUACAAACCGAACAUGCGUGGAUUCAUGCCUACGCACACUUUGAUACAUCUGAAUAUAUUUGUGCUUACGCCAGAUUCAGGGUUUUGGCGAACGCCAACUUUUAGUAGAAAGUCAACGCAAGUCUUUGUACAUGAGGCCGCUGGACUCCGUGUGAGACUGUGACAUCAACACAGAACACAACAUAACCCAGUGAGCAAGGUCGAUCAUUACAUCACCGUGAGAGUGGAUCUGGUCUCCUUCACGUGUCACGGCGGGAAAAUGAUGAGUAUGUUAUUACUUUGUACUUGUAAAUAAAACAUUUUAUUGUACCUUUUGAGGGGUUUUGCAUCAUUAUUUUUUAUUAUUCUCUGCCGAUCCGGGUCGUGGUGGCAGUCGACCAGUCAGCUCAGUCCACACUUCCUGAUCCUGUUUAUUCCUGAACUCUUGCUGGGGGAUCCCAAGGCGUUCCCAAACCAGCUGGGAAAUCUAAUCCCGCCAUCAUGGCCCGGGUCUUCCCCAAGUCUACAACCAUCAGGCUCCCCCCAAAAAAUGUGGACUCAGUACAGCGAGUGUACAGGGUUCAGUCCUCUGUCCAACGGGCUGGGGAUGGGGCAGACGUCCACAUAAUUAUAGUUGGAGGACAACAUUAGAUUUUCACACACCGCCAACAUGAUGUCACGUGUUGAAGGUGAACUGGAGAUGCACCUGGUUACCAUAGAGACCGUCUGGGUUAACCAACCUCCUGCUGCCCAUGUACACACACACACACACACACACACGUCAAACAUAAACAGAGCUCCACAGUCUUGUUAUCAGUGGCCCUGCCCACACAGGUGCGCUCCCGGCCAGGUCGUCUGUCAUCACGCUGCCUCGUCCGGCCGCCGCACGAAUUUAACACCAAACACCUGCUCGUAUGUCAACUUUAUUGGCAGCACAGAUUACAGAUACAUUCAUUAAGAAGCACUGUGACAGCCUGCAGGGGGCGCUGCACCGUCUCAGUCUGAAAGACUUCAUUUAUAUAAAAUGUAUUUUACACAGGAUGUUUGAAUAAAACAAAACUGUCACAAACAGCUUUUAAACCAGGAGAGUGGAGAGGUGUUCCGGGCACGACCCACUGGGAGGAGGCCCUGGGGAAGACCCAGGACACGCUGGAGGGACUACAUCUCUUG